AUGGACUGGCUGGAGACUGGCCGGCGGUCGGCUGGUGUCUGCCUGGGCAACCUGGAGUCCAGCUACGGGACUUUGCUUGUGCCUACGAAAGACCCGAGCAAGCUUUCGGCGUAUAGGGACCGCCGAUUCAAGGGGACGCAGGAGGAGUAUGAGGCGGUGCUGCUUGCGUCGACAACGCUGUACAUUGGGAAUAUGUCCUUCUACACCACGGAGGAGCAGGCCUACGAGCUCUUCUCCCGCGCCGGCGAGAUCAAGAAGAUCAUCAUGGGGCUCGACAAGAACUCCAAGACCCCAUGCGGUUUCUGCUUCGUGCUGUACUACUCUAGGGAGGAUGCUGAAGAUGCUGUCAAAUACAUUAGUGGGACGAUGCUUGAUGAUCGUCCAAUCCGUGUUGAUUUCGAUUGGGGCUUUGAAGAAGGCAGGCAAUGGGGCCGUGGACGAAGUGGUGGACAAGUCAGAGAUGAGUACCGUGGUUACGGUAAGAUGGUUCAGAGGGAACUAGAAGCACAAAGAGAAUUAGUUGACUAUGGUGGAUCUUUUCAACCGAAUGCACCACCUCCCUAUGAGAAAGGUGAGCGGAAGAGAGGAUAUGGAGAUUCUCAUAGGAAUGACAGAGGAGAUUACCAGCGGAAACGCUACCGGAACGAUGAUCGGUCGGCACCAGAGGAGUCCAAGAGAGCACCCGACUCUGAUCCAGCGGAGAAGAAUCCUAGAUUCCGUGAGAAAGGUGACUCUGAUGAAGAGGAGGAUGACUACGACAAGAGACGUCGUCGCUAG